UUGUCAGCAGUAGCUUCUGGAGCUCUCUGUCCAUGUGUAGGAAGGGGAUCGUACAGCUGGUCAGGAGGUGCUGGGACCCUUUUCUGGCCAGGCCACAGGGAUGCUGUUCUCAGAUGAGGACAGUGGCACGGAGAGCAGCAACUGUACCCCUGUCAAUAUCACAUCACCUUGAAGCACUGAAGAUUCACAGGCUCCAAAAACUAGCUCUAAAAAGUGUGGCACAGUGAUUGCCUAAAGCUAGUAGUAGUGCCUUCCCACCCCUACACAGCUCUGCCUGACAUUAACAGGAAGUGAAAAGGCCAAAAAGAGGCUGGCAAAUGAGCUAACAAUAGAAAGAACCAGGGCCUACCAAGUUACUGUGAGCCUAGCCAGGCACUCUCAGAGGGCCAGGUUUUUUUUCUUUCAUUGGCUAAGGGACUCUGCUGGAUUCCUAUAGAAGAGAGGCAGGGCCCUGUGACUAAGGAAAAAACCAGAACAGCAAAGAGGGACAGGCCCAGGCUGAGGGCCUAUACGCUUCUUACACACCAGCUUGGGCCUCCUGUGGGGGGUGGUAACUGAUCCUCCUUCCCUAAGACGCAGGCCCAGCAGGGACAUAUCCUUGUCUCUCUCACUGCUGCUGGAGGGGAGCUGGCCAGAGGAAGCCCUCUUUACCAUCUGCAAAUAUUAGGAAGGCCUUCUCCUGGAGACCAGCUUUUGGCAGACAGUUGAAGGAAGAGGCCUUAUUUGUUUGGUCUGGGGCCUAGUCAGUCACAGGGACCCUCAAGCAACAUGUAAUAUAGAUCCAUAUUCAACAAAGUGGAACAUAUCCAGUGUGAACCAUGGAGUGUCUGGCUUAGGCCUGAGUCUCUGAAGGCUGAAGAGGUAUCAGAAAGACCAUCUACCAGGCACUGAUGGUGAUCAAAGAUACCAUAAUGUGGCUCUGAGUCCUUAUCUGGGCUCAGGGUGUUCAUACAGCGGUCAACAAAGAGUUACAGGGUCACGUUGCUACCUGUGUGGACUUCAUUUUGGAGCUAUGAAGUCUUACACUCCAUUUUUCGUACUCCUGUGGAGUGCUGUCGGACUGGCAAAGGCUGCCAAAAUCGUCGUUGUGCCGCCAAUUAUGUUUGAAAGCCAUAUGUACAUUUUCAAGACCCUAGCCUCAGCCUUGCAUGAGAGAGGCCACCAGACAGUGUUUCUCCUGUCCGAAGGCAGAGACAUCGUGCCGUCUAAUCAUUACAGACUCCAGCGCUACCCAGGGAUCUUCAACAGCACCACCUCAGAUGCUUUCCUACAGUCCAAAAUGCGGAAUAUUUUCUCUGGGAGACUUACGGUGAUAGAACUGUUUGACAUCCUGGACCACUAUUCUAAGAACUGUGAGAUGAUGGUUGGCAACAGUGCCUUGAUGAGGGGCCUGAAAAAAGAAAAGUUUGAUUUGUUGCUGGUGGACCCCAAUGAGAUGUGUGGUUUUGUUAUAGCCCAUGUUUUAGGGGUGAAGUAUGCAGUCUUUUCCACAGGCCUUUGGUAUCCUGCCGAAGUAGGGGCCCCUGUGCCAUUGGCCUAUGUUCCAGAAUUUAACUCCCUCCUCACAGAUGAUAUGAACUUUCUGGAAAGGAUGAAGAACACCGGCGUUUACCUCAUUUCCAGAUUAGGGAUCAGCUUUCUAGUCCUUCCGAAAUAUGAGAGGAUAAUGCAGAAGUACAACCUGCUUCCCCAGAGAUCUAUGUAUGACUUGGUGCAGGCGACCAGCUUGUGGAUGCUGUGUACUGAUGUGGCCCUGGAGUUCCCCAGACCCACUCUGCCUAAUGUUGUGUAUGUGGGAGGAAUCUUAACCAAACCGGCCAGACCGCUACCAGAAGACCUACAAAGAUGGGUAAAUGAUGCUAACGAACAUGGCUUUAUCCUGGUGUCUUUUGGAGCUGGUGUAAAGUAUUUAUCAGAAGACAUCACCCGCAAACUGGCAGGAGCCUUGUCAAGGUUACCUCAGAAAGUAAUUUGGAGGUUUUCUGGAUUGAAACCAAAGAAUCUUGGGAAUAACACAAAACUCAUAGAAUGGCUACCCCAAAAUGACCUGCUUGGGCACUCAAACAUCAAAGCCUUUCUUAGCCAUGGUGGCUUGAACAGCAUUUUUGAAACUAUGUACCAUGGAGUCCCAGUGGUGGGGAUUCCACUCUUUGGAGACCAUUAUGAUACAAUGAUUCGAGUCCAGGCCAAAGGCAUGGGGAUACUCUUGGAAUGGAAGUCAAUGACUGAACAGGAUUUACACGGAGCCUUGGUGAAAGUUAUUAAUGAUCCCAGCUACCGUGCGCGUGCCCAGAAGCUGUCCGAAAUUCACAAGGAUCAGCCUAGUCACCCCGUCAAUCGAACUGUCUAUUGGAUCGAUUACAUUCUCCGUCACAACGGAGCACACCACCUCCAGGCUGCCGUGCAUCGCAUCUCUUUCCAUCAGUAUUUUUUACUGGAUAUUGCCUGUGUGCUCUCCCUGGGUGCUGCCUUACUUUAUUUUGUUUUGGCAAGGAUGAUCAGGUUCACCUGCAAGCAGAGCACACUUCUCUGGUCCAGAAACGAGCAUAGCACUGUUAAUGGACAUUUCCACAAUGGGAUCCCCAAUGGCAAGUAUAAAAGAAACGGCCACAUUAAACAUGAGAAGAAGGUGAAAUGAGCCAGCCCACUUGCAGUAUCUCAAGGAAUCAGUUCAGUAGUUGAAUUUUUAUCACUGUAACUUAGUCUAACAGCUACUUAAAGGAAAACCUCAGUAAACAAUUCUAACACUCCCCUAUGUAAUCUUACAGGAUGAAAUUUUACAGAACUAAGAUGUCUUUAAAAAAAAAAGCACAAACCUAAAAUGCAAAAAUGUAUUUUAUUCUUAAUACUGAUGCAGAGCGGUUAUUUUGGCACUGAAAUUUUUUAACAGCUGUAAUUCUUUCAAUCAAUUGAAUGACCCUGAGUUCUUAGUUUUAAGACCAAAAUAUAUAUGACCCAGAUAAGGAAUUUUUUUGUCCUCAAAAGGUUUUGAUUUCUUUUGGUUUUAUUUUUUAGUUGAAUUUUAAUGCUUUUCUCUUUAAUGAGAGAAUUUCAAUUAGCUACGUAUUAAAGUUGUUGGAGUCACAAUACUCCUAAGAAUGAGGUUGAGAGUAAGGUUAUGAUCCCAUAAUGUUUGGCACCUAGCGAUUUAACAAAUUGUAGACUCAGAAUACUACUAUGAAAGAAUGUUUCUUCCCUAAAGUGAGCUCUGAAGGAGAAAAAGAAGUAGCAAUGAUCUUUUCACUAUAUAUGAACUCUUGGCCUCUACUAUUGAAAACAAGAAAUUAAGUAAGGGUACAAAUGAUUGUUACAAAGAGAUGUACGCACAUUUCAUUUCUUCUUGUGUUUUCCCUUUACCAAUAAUUUUCCUCUGGACAAACUUUAUGGGAUUUUUAAAAACAAAUUCAUUUUGGUGAAGAGCAUAGAUGUGUUGAAAAUGUAUAAUUAAGAAGAAAUGAAGCUCUUACAACAGUGUCCUCGAGGAAGGUUUGACUUUGUAUAUAUGGUAAUAUAAAAGAGGAUAACUCCCUCCCUCCUUUCCUUCCUUCCUUACUUCUUUCCUUCAUUCCUUCCUUUCUUUCUCUCAUUUUCUUUCCUUUUUUUUUUGGAGGAGGGCAUUGGUAUAGAAAAAAACUUUUUCAAGUCUUUCCUAUAAUAGGAUAUUUUUACCUAAAAUUUGUUGUCCCAUUUGAACAGUUCUAUAUGGAAGUGGGAAAAUAAGCAUCUCCUUUGUUCCUUAUAUUGGUCUGGGCCACAUAAUCUUUACUACAUCAUUGCCAAUAUUUAAUGCUCUUGAAAUAGGACAAGCAGUUCUUUUAGUUGGGAACUGAUUUUUGACAAGAGGUUUAAAAUUGAACUCUGUGUACCACAUACAUAAAGGCCAUGGAGAUUGUGCCUUUUUUUUUUUCCCCCAACAUGAUUACCAUUGCUUUCCUCCCCCAAAUACUCUCUUUCAAUCAGCGUGGCUGACAUGGGACAUCAACAGUAUUGAAUUGAGAAUAGGGAUGCAGGAAAUUGGGCAGAAUAAAAACUAAGACCAUUCAUCCUGCUGAAAUGCAUCAAGGCCAGCAACGAUGUUUAUUUCCAUGUCAUUCUGUUUACUUGGUGUUUGCACUACAGUUGCUGAGUGUAUACUUUAUUUAUAUAUAUAGUUUUAAAACCCAUGUCUCACCACCAAGGGAAAGGAAGAGAACCAUUUAUCUAGUGUUGUUCACUAACAUGGGAAAUGUUAUGAAAAUUAGGAAAGACUGAGAGAAUCAUUAUCAUCAUACACAGUGACGUGACAUUUCAUUACCAGUCCCACCAGGAGCCACCAUCUCAUUGUGCAAGUUCAUGUCACAAAUAAGUUUCUGAUGUACUGUGUAAGGCAAGUGUGCUGCUUUCUUAAUACUUGAAGAAAUGGUAUUAUAAAUAAGCCUAUUAGCUGUGCUUCCCCCCUUUUUUAUACACAAUCUUAGCAUGACGGGACAAUAAAAGGAACAUGCAGAAGCACAGGCAAUGAUUGGUGGGGUGGUAAUAGGCCUUAGAGUGUAUGAAUGAGCUGGUUUUACUGUUUUGGGUAUUGAAGAUAAGAUAGUACAAGCACUGACUGGAUGAUUAAGCCUCAAUUAAUCUCCACUGUGAUAAACAACAAACAACUUAAAACAAUAAACAUGAAUUUAAUAGAGAAACAUGGUGUGGUUAAUCAGUGUUUAUUUAGAUGGAAUUUCCUAGGAUUCUGUGCAUCCACUUUACUCUCUUCUUGCUCCUUCCAACACAUCUUGGCCAUUGGAUGUUCAUCUGAGGCAAAUUUUGUCCUCAUCUAAAUUGGGGGCAGUUAGUAUGGAAAGGCAUAAACACAAUUUGAUACCAGGGCAUUACAGAAGUAAGAAUGACAGGCACGGGUUAGCACUGAGCAAUUCUGUUUCUUCAUAAUAAGCUUAUUGUUGGUUUCAGUAAAUGGGAGUGAUUUCAAGAUUUGCACAUUUGUUUAUAAUCCUCCAAUAAAGUACAAUAUUCAA